GGUAAUAAAAGGUACUUACCAUCAUCUCUUCAGACAGAGAUUCGAUCAGACAGAUUUGUCUCAAUUUCUACAAAAAUGCAGUACAAGAAUCUGGGUAAAUCGGGAUUGAAAGUGAGCACGCUCUCGUUCGGAGCGUGGGUCACUUUCGGCAACCAGCUCGACGUGAAAGAAGCCAAAUCGAUUCUCCAGUGCUGCCGUGAUCACGGAGUCAACUUCUUCGACAACGCCGAGGUCUACGCCAAUGGCCGAGCUGAGGAGAUUAUGGGUCAGGCGAUUCGCGAGCUGGGCUGGCGCCGAUCCGACAUCGUCGUCUCCACCAAGAUCUUCUGGGGUGGUCCUGGUCCUAACGACAAGGGUUUGUCUAGGAAACAUAUCGUCGAAGGAACCAAAGCUUCUCUCAAAAGACUCGAUAUGGACUACGUUGAUGUCCUCUAUUGCCACAGGCCUGAUGCUUCAACACCUAUAGAAGAGACAGUGAGGGCGAUGAACUACGUGAUUGAUAAGGGUUGGGCGUUCUACUGGGGAACAAGUGAAUGGUCAGCUCAGCAAAUCACAGAGGCAUGGGGAGCUGCUGAGAGGCUGGAUUUGGUUGGUCCUAUCGUGGAGCAGCCUGAGUACAACAUGUUCGCUAGGCACAAAGUUGAGUCAGAGUUUCUUCCUCUGUACACUAACCAUGGCAUAGGUCUCACUACUUGGAGCCCACUCGCGUCUGGUGUGCUUACCGGUAAAUACAACAAGGGGUCUAUUCCUUCAGACAGCCGGUUUGCGUUGGAGAACUACAAAAACCUUGCCAAUAGAUCACUUGUGGAUGACGUGCUGAAGAAAGUAAGCGGUCUCAAACCGAUUGCAGAUGAGCUAGGUGUGACCUUGGCUCAGCUUGCGAUCGCAUGGUGUGCUUCAAAUCCUAAUGUGUCAUCCGUUAUCACCGGUGCCACAAGAGAGUCACAGAUUCAAGAAAACAUGAAGGCUGUUGAUGUGAUCCCAUUGUUGACGCCACAUGUCCUGGACAAGAUCGAGCAAGUUAUACAGAGCAAACCUAAACGUCCUGAAUCAUACCGGUAAAAACCUAAUCCUGAGAUCAUUUGGAGGGUGAGUGAUGGUUGUUCUUGGAAGUUGCCACGUGUUGGCUUUGUUUGUUCUCAUAUGCAUUUUAAGACUCAGAGAGAGACAGAGAAAGAGUACUAUGUGUUGUUUUUAGUUUUGUUGUUUACACUUUCUAAAACUGGUCUAUUGUUAGUGAAACUUAAAAGUUGGUUCUUGUA